AUGUUAUAUAAAUGUCUGCUCACCAAAGAAUACAGUGUCACCAGAGAGGAUUUCAACAGAAGAUUACAUUUGUUGAGAAGGAUUCUAGUGAUGGAGCGUUCGAGCGGUUAUUUGUCGAUAUUCCAUCAUUCCUUCGCGUCGUGGUUGACUGACGUGAAGCAUUGCACGAGGCGAUACUUGUGUUGCCCCCUGGACGGACACGCGCAGCUAGCUAUGUACUACACGCUCGACUCGAGAAGAUUGACAGCCCUUGAAAUCCAUAACUAUGUCUUCCACAUGACAACUCUAGAGCAACAUAUGGCUACGUUGAAGAAAGGGAAGUCGAGUGAUCAAGAAGAAGUCCUGGAUCUCCACACGCUUGUCCUAUUGUGGGUUUUGGAUUCUGGCUGUGACGUGGAAACAGCAUUAGAAGGAAACGCUUUUAUGAAGCAACUACAAGUAGACGAUAAUGAGAAGCCAGAUGAAAAUACAGAGGAAAACUCAAAUGAAUCGAUCGGGGCGUUGGUACAGAAGGAUAUCGUUUCAGGUAAGAAUGUUUUUAUUUUAAAGUAUUACGUCGGUACCUAG